AUGGCAGAAUCGAAUCGAUUUAUCCAAAAACCAAUAGCCGUACUGGGUAUGGCUUGUCGGUUGCCGGGGUAUAGUGAUUCGCCUAGGAAGCUGUGGGAGUUUCUGAUGCGAGGAGAUAUAGCGGAGACGGAGGUCCCCAAAUCGCGAUUUAAUAUCAAAGCAUUCUAUGAUGGGUCUGACAAACCACAGACAUUGAGAUCUCCAGGAGCAAUGUUUAUGGAAUCUGUAAACCCAGCAGCGUUCGAUGCAUCAUUUUUUAAUAUUUCACCACAGGAUGCUACUUCAAUGGACCCGCAGCAGAGAAUAUUGCUCGAGGUCAUCUAUGAAGGGCUGGAAAAUGCGGGGCUUCCACUGGAGGCAUUGGCAGGGGAGAAAUAUGGGUGCUUCGUGGGAGGUUAUACUGGAGACUAUCGGGACCUACUCGCAUGCGAUCCGGAUUCUCAACCAAGCAAUAUGGUUGUUGGUAGUUCAGGGGCGAUGCUGAGCAACCGGAUCAGUCACUUCCUCGACAUAAAGGGUGCGAGUAUACCAAUUGAUACGGCCUGCUCUAGUUCGAUGGUGGCAUUGGAAAUGGCAUGUAAAAUGCUUCAUACGAGUGAGAUCGAUGGUGCCAUCGUAGCUGCUUCGAACCUAGUCCUCCACCCUGGGUAUGGAUGCGAUUCCGGGCCGAUUAAAAACACACAUUCGCCAACAGGCCGGUGUCAUACAUUCGACGCCAAAGCCGACGGAUACAUCAAAGCGGAGGGCAUCAAUGCAGUAAUCCUAAAGCGUUUGGAUGAUGCCAUUCAAGAUGGUGAUCCGAUCCGAGCUGUAAUUCGGGGAACCGCCAGCAAUCACAACGGCCGUACUGCGGGGAUUGCCUCGCCCAGUGCUGAGGCACAGGCAGCUGCUAUACGAAUGGCAUAUUCAAAUGCUAACAUUACGGAUUAUUCCCUCACUGAGUACCUGGAGUGCCAUGGAACAGGGACAUUGGCGGGAGAUCCGGUCGAAGCAUCGGGAAUUUCGUCCGUUUUUGCGGCAUCUCGCCCCUUCGAUAAGCCACUACAUAUUGGCUCGAUUAAAAGCAACAUAGGCCAUUCAGAGACUGCGUCAGGCCUCUCAGGCCUGAUAAAAGCUAUUAUGAUCCUGGAAACUGGACAUAUUCCAGGAAACCCAACAUUCGAAACCCCGAACCCUAAUAUUGACUUCCAAGCGCUCAGGCUAAAAGUUCAGAAGAAUGCGACAUUGUUUCCCAACAGGCCCUUUCGGCGAGUUGGGGUCAACAACUUCGGGUUCGGUGGUAGUAAUUCUCAUGUUAUCUUAGAAGAACCGAAAGCUUUGAUUGACAGAUACCGCCCGAUGCACACUAGUUCCUACGACCUUCCGGCUGAGAAUAGCGUAUCAGGAGAGGGUCACCAUUGCAACCAGUUCUAUAUACUCUGCUUUUCAGCGAACGACGAAAAGUCUCUCAAGGACUAUAUUAAAAGGAUUUCCCAGCACUUCUGUGAUCCCAACGUUCAUGUCAGGUUACGGGACGUAGCGUAUACUUUGAAUGUACGCAGAAGCCAGCUCUUCCACAGAGGGUACCUUAUCACCAAGCAGUCACAUAAUCUCAACUUCGAGUCUGUCGUGCGUGGGAAGAAAAGCAUCUGUCCUCCGAAAGUAGGAUUUGUGUUCACUAGACAAGGAGCGCAGUGGCCAGAAAUGGGCCGAGAGCUACUUAAAGCAUUUCCUGUGGCCAGGAUGUGCAUUAAACGUUUGGAUGCCGUUCUUCGAGGCCUCCCAGAUCCGCCAAGUUGGUCCUUAUACGACGAACUAAUUCAGCCUCGCACGCCCGAACAUACUCGCAAACCUGAGAUUAGUCAGCCACUCGUCACAGCUCUGCAGAUAGCUCUAAUCGGGGUAUUAAGAAGCUGGGGCAUCUCACCUAGGGGGGUUGUCGGUCAUUCGUCCGGAGAGAUUGCUGCCUCGUAUGCCGCUGGCUACCUUAAUGCCGCAGAAGCUAUGAUAAUUGCAUACCACCGCGGCCUAGCAGCUCGGGAGGGGCAGCCGAAUGACAGUGCUCCCCUGGGAAUGCUUGCUGUGGGAUUAGGUGCAGAUAAAGCUUUGCCAUAUAUCUCUAAACUUGAAGAUGUCCAGAUCGCUUGUUACAAUAGCCCCACAAGCGUGACCUUGUCAGGAGUCGCUAGUGCAUUGGAGCAACUUAAAGUGACGCUUUCUAAGGACGGUAUCUUUGCUCGUAUGCUACAGGUAGACUUGGUAUAUCAUUCCACCUAUAUGCACAACAUUAGUGAUUUGUACGAGAGGCUGUUACGUCGUGAUCUUCCCUCGCAAUCUCGCCAAUUCCCUGCAUCAAACUCUGUGGCAACCUUUUCAUCGGUGACAAUGUUCUCAUCGGUGACGGGCUGCAGGCAAAAAACACCUCCAGAUAUCAUGUACUGGAAGACAAACAUGACCUCUCCAGUACGCUUUGAGGAGGCUAUGCGCACAAUGUUAUCUACGAAAGACUCGGUAGACUUCUUGAUCGAGAUUGGCCCGAAUGGAGCCCUCAAAGGCCCUAUUUCUCAAAUUCAGAGUAAGCUCAACGGUGCAGCAUCCAGCGCUAUGUACUAUGCUGCGAUGCAUCGGGGUGCUGCCUCCAUUCACUCAACUCUUGCUAUCGCCGGUGAACUAUUCCUUGCCGGGUUCCCAAUAGACCUUGAGAAAGUGAAUGGGGACACGGAGCUCUCUCGGCCAUUGAUAGUUACUGAUCUGCCAAAUUAUUGUUGGAACCACACAACGCAAUACUGGUAUGAGAGCCAGACAAGUAGGGACUCGCGUUUUAAGCCAUUCAUUCACCAUGACCUGAUUGGGAAUAAGAUCAUUGGAACACCAUGGUCCAAUCCAACUUUCAAGAAAACCUUGAAGCUUGCUCAUCUUCCAUGGCUUCGCGAUCAUAAAAUUGGUUCAGACGUUGUCUUUCCUGCGUCCGGAUACAUUGCAAUGGCUGUUGAGGCAAUAUAUCAAAUAAGUUGCAUGCAGCAGCCAGAUAUUGCCGCCACUUCCUCCCACGAGCUGGGCUACCGGUUACGCAAUAUCCGCUUCGAUAUGGCAUUGGUCCUAAAUGACGAGGUAGAUUCAGUCGUAUAUCUGAUGAUGAACCCUUCUGGGGCAAACCGAACAUGGUACGAGUUCACUGUAUCGUCCUCGCGAGAAAACCUUUCUACAGCGCAUGAUAGCGGAAUGAUCCGCCUUCAAGAGCCUGUCAUAGAAUAUGCUUCUGAGGCAGAUAUUGCUCCUCUACAGCACCCAUCUCCAGGGCAUCUAUGGACAAAGGCCUGUGCAGAGGUCGGAUACAACUAUGGACCUGCAUUCCAUAUUUUGGAGCAAGUUGAACUGUCUGAGGUUCUUAUUCCGGCUAUGGUAGACGAUAUGGUCAUCAACCCUAACCAAGCUCGACCUCGUGUUGGUAUGGCAGUAGCCUCGAGCUACUAUUCUGGGCGCGGGCGUGAGGAUGUGGCCAAAAGCUAUGUAGGGGACAACUCAGUAUAUGAUCCGGCCAGUGGUGCUCUGCUCGUCCGGAUGACAGGGUUAUCCAAUCACCAAAUCGAUCUCGGGAUUGACCCAUUGUCUCAGCACACCUUGACACAGGAUAUAAUAAAGCCAGACAUCAGCACACUGAGCCAGGAGUCAGUAGACAAACUCAGUAUUAGUCAUAUUGAGAUGGUCCCCUUCUUGCUAGAGUUAGCUGUACACAAAAAACCCUCCAUGAAAAUACUCGAGGUCGACCUUGACUCAGAUGGUCAGCAAAGUCUUUGGCUCGAAUUUCUGCAAGUCGCUGGUGCCACUCACCAGCAGUACCGCUUCAGGGUGCUUGAUGAAGUGCGUAUGGCUGACAUCAAGGGCUUAUAUAACGACAACACAAAUUGUUCGUUUGGCGUUCUCGAUUGUGAGGACAGCCGACUAGGCUUUGCCGAGGAUAUAUUCGACCUGGUCAUUCUCCGAGCCAUCUCACCGUUAACUACUCAAUCUUCGCUGGUUGUAGAUGCUGUAAUGAACCUGGUAUCACGCGAUGGACACAUUUUAGCCAUUGACUGUUCGGCCCCUGCUGUUGACCGCGGACAUUUAUUAACGAGCAAGAUUAAAGAGUGUGCGUUUGCAAAAUUCUUAUCAGUUCCACAUCAGCACAGCAAGAUCCUCUUAUGCUCCUUACCUGGUACUCUACCGGCGGUAGACAAGGAGCUCCAUAUUGUUUAUUUCAAAGAAACCACCCAUUUUCCACUUACAGCUCGGCAAUACCUGGAACAGGAAGGAUGGAACGUCAUUGAACAUAGAUGCUCUAGCGAACACGUUCCAGAAGGCGCAACAGUUCUCAUUAUCGACGAGUUUUUUGCACCAGUACUGGCGCAUGUCUCAAAGUUACAGUGGCUCUGUCUUCGCCAGCUAGUCACCCGCAGCUGCAAGCUUCUCUGGGUAACGCAAGGAGGCCAGAUGUCAGUAUCUAAACCUGACAACGCUCUUGUUGUUGGAUUAUUUCGAUCUAUUCGGUCCGAGGACCCCAGUGCGACGGUGAUGACCCUAGAUAUGCACAGUCUCAAUGAUUCAACCCUGGUGCAUUGCAUAGCCACAGUUUUGAGACAAGUUCGGCGUUCGCAAGACCGACAUGUUUCUGACAACAAGUACGUUGAAGACAGCGAAUACGUUGAAUACAACGGCAUCCUCCACGUCCACCGUAUUGUCCCGCACUGCCCUUUAAACCAGGAAGUUGGAUCUUGGAUGAAGGAGCCCAUAAGAAAAUGUCUGCCUACCAACGGAGCCAUGACACAGCUUAGGGCUGAAAAAAUAGGCACAUUGGACGGACUACACUUCGCUGAAGUGUCAAAGGAACCUCCUGCGGAAGGCCAGGUGGAGAUUGAGGUCAAGGCAGCUGGAUUAAAUUUCAAAGAUGUGGCGGUCACCAUGGGCAUAGUGCCAGAGAACGAAUAUUUGCUGGGUCUGGAGGGCUCUGGAAUUAUUCGCCGUGUUUCAGACGCCGAUCCCAGCAUCAUAAACACUCGGGUGGCGUUCAUGGCUAAGGGGGCAAUGGCCAACCGCAUCCAUGUUCCAUUGGAAUUCACACACGCUAUUCCUGAUUCAAUGACCUACGACGAGGCAGCUACUAUGCCGGUUGUAUUUUGCACAGCUCUUUACUCCUUGUUCAAUAUGGGCAAUCUCCGUCGUGGCCAAACCGUACUUAUCCACUCUGCUACUGGUGGUGUGGGAAUUGCCUGCAUUCAGCUUGCCCAAUAUAUUGGUGCAGAUAUUUACGUGACCGUUGGUACAGAAGAGAAGUGCCUGUUCUUACAUAAGACUUUUGGAAUCCCGUAUGAGCACAUGUUCUCAUCGCGAUGCUCAAGAUUUGCAGCGGAGAUUAUGAAAGCAACAGGUGGCAGGGGUAUCAAUGUGGUUGUAAACUCUCUCACGGGCGACUUGCUAGACGCCACCUGGAGGAUCUGCGCAGACGGCGGAACUAUGGUUGAGCUCGGUAAAAGAGACAUUGUCCAGCGCAACUAUCUCUCUAUGGAGCCUUUUAAUCGCGGUUGUUCUUUUCGCGCAGUUGACCUCUCACAUGGUGACUUACUACAGGAAGUUCCAGGUCUCCUUAAGCGCAUUUUCGUCCUUCAAGCUGAAAACCAUAUUAAACCUAUCGCCCCAGUUACAGCCUUUCCCAUGACUCGGGUCCCGGAGGCUUUCGCGUACAUGCGAAGCGGCCGCCACAUAGGCAAGAUUGUUAUCCACCAGGAAGUCGAAACGGCUGAGACUGAGCAGACAGUGCCUAUACGACCUCUACGCAAAGAACUCUCCUUCCAUGAUGGAGUGGCAUAUUUGAUUGUCGGUGGGCUCAAGGGCCUCUGUGGGAGCCUGGCCAUGCACUUGGCGCACCGCGGAGUCCGACACUUGGUCGUCAUGUCCCGCAGCGGGUGCUACGACAGUCGCUCACAGACGGUCAUGGCAUAUUGCCAAUCAUUUGGGUGCGAAGUGCACGUCUGCCGUGGCGAUGUGUCGCGCAUUCCUGACGUUCGACGGGCAUUUAUAGCCGCUCCUGUCCCGAUCAGAGGCGUCGUUCAAGGAGUGAUGGCCCUUUAUGACCGGCCUUAUGAAGUAAUGACACUCGAGGAAUAUCACCAGUCUAUCGAAGGGAAGGUACAAGGUACUUGGAACCUUCACCAUGUAUCAGUGGAAAAUAGACGUCGUCUAGAUUUCUUCCUGCUGCUGUCCAGUAUCUCCAGCAUAGUCGGAAGCCCAGGCCAGGCCAACUACUCGGCCGCCAAUAGCUUCUUGGAUUCCUUCACGGCGUAUCGCCGAUCGAUGGGCCUCGCUGCUCAAACAGUUAAUCUGGGUGUGGUAGAAGACGUGGGUGUUGUUGCUGAGUCGCAGGAGUUGUCCCAGCGUCAUCAGGCAUCUAAUGAAUUGGUUAGCAUACCUGAGCGUGUGCUGCAUUGCAUAUUGGACUAUUCUCUCAGGCAACAAUACCUACACACGACACCUACUUUGGCCUCCAACUAUCCAGACCGUAGCUAUCCAUCGCAUCUGAUUAUAGGAUUAAUAGUCCCUCAAGAUCCGACCAAAUCCAACCUUCGAUUUGAUCCACGUUUCCAAGGGCUGUUCAUCGCCAAUGACGUGUCUAACCCUGAGGCCGGAGGAAAAGGCACUGAUGACAUCGGUACUGCGGUACAGAGUUUCCGUGCUCGAGUUGGCUCGGGAGUAGCGGCAGAAGAGCUCCUCGGGCUAUGUCUGCAGAUUCUCGCAGCUCGGCUUAUGCAAAUGCUGCGCAGAAGUGCCGAACAAAGGAUUGAACCAGGACAACCGCUAUCAGUGUACGGAUUAGACUCGUUAUCAACAGUUGAACUUCGAAACUGGAUCAAGGCUGAGAUGGGUGCUACAUUAACGACGUUCGAUAUACUUAAUGCCAGUAGCUUAAUCAUGUUGGGGGAACGUUUGGUGAAUAAAUUGCAUGCAAACAGAUAA